AUGUUAUUGCGUCGUGAUGAAUUGCAAAAACAAGUCGCUGAAGGCAGUCUCAGUGUAUCUGGCAGUAAUGAUGUGUUGACCUUGGCUUUGGGUCCCGAGCAUCCAGGGAGAGUAAGAGGGUUAGGUGCUGGGAUUUCCCCUAGGCAAUACUUCAAUUUACCUAGACAACAGAGGGUAAAGUUUGCCGAUCAAUUGAAGGAAAGUGUAAGAAUUGUCCUUCAAGAAGAGACUAAGAAGAUGGAAGCUAGAUCAAGGGAAGAGACUUUAAGGAUGGAGGCUAGAACCAAGCAAUUGGUAGAGGCUGAGAGGGAACAUUUACUGAGUCAGCUUUCCCAACUCAUCCCCAAUUUUGAUCCAAGCAUGCUUAAACCGAAAACUAGCCCCUGUCAAAACCAAGGUCUAGAGCAAAGUCCCAAAAAUCCAAUGUCUGACAAAGCAAGCUGCUCUGGGGAUGUGAGAUCCCUACAUUUUGAGGAUGAUACUGCCAAAAAUGGGGAAAAGCAGGAAGAAAUGGUGGAGGUGCCAUCUUCCUUACAAUCCCUUUGUCGUUAUGUGGAAACCACACUAAAGCCUCAGGAGAAGAUCAUGACCUUUACAAUUGGGAAGGAGGUGUUUGGUGCAGAUCGCAGUACCUUCGUCUUGCCUGAAGAUAUUACACACUUAGCAGGCAUGGAAGAAAUUGGGGCUACUGUGCUUGCAGUAUAUAUGAGCCAGUCGAAUCAGAAGACAGAUGGUGAACAGAUUUUCAUGAUGCCUUACAAUCCAGGUCGUCAUUGGGUCUUGCUGAUUGUGAGAGCGAAGAAGGAAACCGUCUAUUUUCUGGAUCCUCUGCUUGGAAAUCGUGUGGUUAAUGAGAAGGCCAAAAACAUGGUGAACAGUGCUAUAAAAAUUUAUAAUUCCCACAUAGGCAGACAAGGUCGUAAAGCACCCAUUUGGAAAACUCUACCAGGCACACCAAAGCAACCCAGCAGUAUCAAAUGCGGGUAUUAUGUCAUGCGCUUCAUGAGAGACAUCAUCAUGGAUCCUUCCCUGGAGUUUGAGAAGACGUUUGCUAAGGGAAAAGAGCAAGCGCCAUACCCCCAAGCAGCCAUUGAUGAAGUCAGGAAUGAAUGGGCAGAGUUUGUUUGCCUUCAUGUGGACUAG